UCUCUGAACCGUCUGAUUAGGCAGAAGAAGUCAAGACAACUGAAUAUCUCCAUCUGUGUUCAUGUUUCCAUUUUGUUGAUGAACUUUUUGAACAGAAUCUGGAGCAGAAGCUCGGCUGAAACCACAGUGAGAACGUAUCAACCUUACAUCUGUAAUGGACAACUUCACCCUGUUCGCCAAUCACUCAGACUGCACCUCGGCUGACACCGCAUUCAGGAGGAGGUCGUUCCUAUUUUUCUACAUGGCCAUCAUCAUCACCGCCAUCCCGUCCAACGCCUUCUCCCUCUACGUGUCAUGGCAGCACAUUAGACAGAAGAAUGAGCUCGGGGUGUAUCUGUUCAACUUGGCCCUGAGCGACCUGACCUUCACUGUGGGUUUGUCUCUGUGGCUGGACUUCCUGUGGCAGGGAGUCUGGGCCCACGGGGGUUACGUGUGUGUGCUCUCCGUCUACUCCCUCUUCACCAACUUCUACACCAGCGACGCUUUCCUCUGCUGCGUCGCCAUCGACCGCUACCUGGCAGUGGUCCACCCGCUAAAGUACCCAUCCUUGAGGAAAGUUGGCACUGCAGCAGCGGUGAGCGUCUCCAUCUGGGUGCUGGUGAUCUGUUUCAAUGCCUCCACCAUCACGUGGGAGGACUCGUACCUGGAAAACAACAAGUCCUCCGUGUGCUUUGACACCUUCCUCCCGCUCUCAGAGAAUAUGGCUCGUGUAAACGUGUUGCGCUUCUUCCUGGGGUUUGUAGUUCCUGUUCUCCUGGUGGUGUUUUCCACCUGGGGGAUCUGCACGGCGGUGAAGUCCAACAAGGCCACAGAGGAGCAGGAGCGUAAACGGAUUUCCAGGUUGCUGACGGUGGUUCUACUCUGCCUCUUGUUCUGCUUUGGACCCAUCCACAUCAUGAUGCUGCUCCGAGCGCUGGUGUAUCACUGCAAUGAUGUUGCAUGGUUCAUCUAUCCCUACAAAAUCAGCAUUGCCAUCUCCAGCCUCAACUGCCUGGCCGACCCACUGCUCUACUGCUUCAUUACGAGGACAGGACAGAAGAACGUUAAUCAGGUUGUGCUCUUCUUCCAGGGAAAGAAGAGAAGCAAACAUGAGGGUGUAGUGUAGCGUUAACGCAGGAUAGGACAUGAUGAUUAUGACUAGAGAAGUUAAGAAUAGAGAUGUUUCAAGUAAUAAAGAUAUUGUGUCUAUUCUUCAACAAAAACUCUGAUUUUAUAGUUAAAACUCAAGCAGAUGAGUCUGAAAACUGCAUUCAGCACAAAGUAAUUUCCUUCUGAUGAAAAGUGGAGUUUUUAACAACCAUAACUCAAACAGGAGUAAAAGGUGAAUUUGUUGGAGACCAUUUUCAGCUGUGACAGAUAUUUUGUUAUAUAUAAUUAUUAAUGAUGAUAUCCUACUGUCACAGUUUAUUAUUGCUCUUAUAGGUGUCCACCGGAGUGGACGUCAUCAUUAUUAUUAUUUUGAUUAUAGAGAUUAUUUUAGUAUUUAUGGUUGUGUACACAGUGGUGUUGAGCUCAUUUAAAAAUGGACGUCACAUGUAAUGUGUUAAUGAUAGUGUUUGUGUGUUUAUCUACGUGUUUUGUUUUAUGUAUGCUUAUCAAUAAAAAUAAACAUUUUGUUCUCUAUUCAUUAUAACAGCAUGAAGACAGUAUGUGUGUAACUAACU